AUAAAAUAUCCCCUCAAAAGUAUUGUGCCAACUAUUAAAAUUACGGACUAAUAUAAUAUAGUGAAACUUAUGGACAAUUGCCCCGUUAAUAUUAUUUGUCCUGGACCUGAUUUAAAUGGCAGCAUUUCGCAAAAAUGGAAAAGACUGCGCCAAUGCUGUGCAUCGUUGCGUGGUCACAACUCCGAGACAUCGAAAAGUGCUCUGCUCGAACCCACUAGCCCUCACAUUCUAGUCAGCACGCCUCACACCACGUCAUCCCUCAGGCUUCCCAGCAAUACCAAAAAAACUAGCGUACAAGAAGUACUAAGAGCUAAAUUCAGUCAAAUUCAUGUCGGAUUGCGAAGACGAAGGGCCAUGUCCGUCCAGGAAUUUUUUCACACCGUGGGGAAUGGUGGAAAAGAACAAACUAAUCAACCAAAGACUGCCUUCUACGUUCCUGCUCCUGAAAACUUGACUUCUGCUGAUAGGAAGCCUCGAAUAUUUCAGUCAGCCUCGGAGCGAAAAGCUCGACCCCGCCAACGAGAGUCAUUAAAUCUCAGUCUUCCAGGUUCAGAAUACUACUACGAACCACCUCCAGACUACGAUGUCGAACCAGCACGACAUCGUCGCUGGUCUGUCGCUGCAAAUCCUACAUCACUUAAUUCAGGCCUUACCCAGCCUAUUUACACUCAUCCAACGAAAACUCAUAACUUGAAAACCAUCGAAAACUACAGCAUGAAAAUACCAAAAUCAAAAUUGCAGAAACAUCAACAUAAUUCGGAUCGAGCAAGGUCACAAUCACCCAAUUGUAACAAAAGACAAUCCGAAUGCAGUAAGGCGGAAAAACAAACGAAGUUUAAAGUAGUCAACUCAAAGAGCUAUUACGAGUUGGGAGGCGGCAGACAAAAAGCGGAAGUACGACCGGACGGUAAAUUUGAACGUGAUCGGCAGGAAUCCAUCGAAGAGUUAGAAGAGAUUGAAGAGGAGGAGAGCAAGUUUUGCACCUUACCUAGAGGCGGAAAUACGUUUACGAUUCGACAGGUGCUGUUCCACAAAGGGCAUGAUUCCAAGCCUCUGGGAUUCAGUAUUGUAGGAGGCAGAGAUUCACCUAAAGGCAGCAUAGGAAUUUAUGUGAAAACGAUUUUCCCGAAUGGGCAGGCAGCUGAAAAUGGCACUCUGAAAGAAGGUGAUGAAAUUCUGGCAGUAAAUCACAAGCCGCUGCAUGGAGCAUCCCACAAAGAAGCAAUUAAUGUAUUUAAGCAAAUUAAGUCUGGGGCUGUAUUGUUGCAUAUAGGGCGAAGAUUAAAUAAAAAUCGACGCGAAAAGCUUGUGAAUUGAAAACAGUUUAACGUUAUUUCUAUUUGCUUUAGGAUUAUGUUAGUCUUAACGUAUAUACCAAAGAUUGAACAUUUUCAUGUAGGAAAAGAGUUUUGUCGAUGUAGGUCGCUAGUUUGCCUAGGAAUGAGACGGUUAUUUUUUAUAAUAUCACAGUGAUAAAUUAGUCCGUUUACAUAACGCAUGGUACAAGAGAAGGACUGGAAUACUGAACAAAUUCGUAAAUAUGGGCAGCAGCUGUUUUAGCUAAGUAACUUGUAUGACAAGUAUUUUAAAUAUUACGUGCAAAAUGCAGAUGAAAUAUAUAAGAUAAUAUAUGUAUGUAGGUUUACAUUUACAAUUCACUGACAUAUAAUAAUGUUUCAAAUAAUGACUAAGUAUAUCCAUAGAUAAUAUCUAAUCAUAUUUUUCCAUCUGCUUAAUUUUAAGUUGUAGUUUUGAUAGUAAUCAAAAUGUGAUACUUUUUUAUCAUUUUUAAUGAAGUAUAGGCACAUAUAUGCUCCAAACCA